AUGCUCCUACCAACCGCUUACGAAAAUUCAAAUUACUUUACACCAUUAACUGCAAUUAAGCCUUACCCAAAAGUUAAACAGAAUGAUCCCAAAAGAAAAUGCAGAACACAGAAGUCAGAAAUUUUAACAUCUACACCCAUUAAAGAAGAAUUAAGGUAUCAGAAAAAUAAAAAAUUACCCAAGACCAAAUUGCCAGAUGAAAUGAAACGUGCAAAGAAACAUAGAAGUUCAAAGUUGGAGCAAACUGAAUUGCAGUACCCAAAGCCACCGGUACAUAGAACGGAUCCCAAUGAAGAAAAUGUACCAUGCCUCGUCUGCGGAGAUAUUUUUGGCAACUCUAAGUCUGGCGAAACAUGGAUUGAAUGCAAUAUGUGUCAAAACUGGGCUCAUCAAUUAUGUGCUGAUUACAACAGUGGUAUCUAUAUUUGCGGCAAAUACAAGUUAUCAGUUUUGAGUUCCUUGAAAUAA